GAACAAAGAGACAGCUUGCAUUUACAAGGGAAGAAGAAGAAGUCACCAGAAGGAGAGAGAGAAACGAUUUCCAUGGCGUCGAAGCUCGUAAUCAUCACUGUCUUCGUCGUCGAUCUCAUAGCGUUCGGGCUGGCCGUUGCCGCCGAGCAGAGAAGAAAUGUCGGUAAGCCUGUAAUGGACAAUGAAAAGGAACAUCAAUUCUGUGUGUAUGAUUCGGACAUAGCUACGAGCUAUGGAGCUGGUGCUUUCAUGCUCCUCUUGAUCAGUCAAGUCCUUGUUAUGGCGGCUAGUCGGUGCUUCUGCUGCGGCAAGGCUCUUAACCCCGGCGGCUCGAGGGCUUGUGCUAUUCUUCUCUUCCUUGUCUGCUGGAUAUUUUUCCUGACCGCGGAGAUAUGCUUGCUAGCUGCAUCGAUCAGGAACGCGUACCACACAAAGUACACGAGAAAGUUCUUCGAGGACGCACCGAGCUGCCAAGUGAUCAGGAAAGGAGUUUUUGCGGCAGGGGCGGCCUUCACGCUCUUCACGGCCAUCGUCUCACAGUUCUAUUACAUCUGCUACUCUCGUGCUCGGGAUGAUUACCAGAAACCACCCUACUGAUUUUUUUUUUCAGGCAAUGGAAAUGGAAACAUUAUCUCGUUUCAGUUCACUGAAUUAUAGUAUCUGUCUGAAUUUUGAUGUUUUAGAACAUUCUUGAGAUUGGGUUUUGCCUUCUUUGUGGUCGUUGUGAAACCUUUUGUCGGUACAUUUUGUGUAAAUGCGGCAGCAUUGAAUUUUACUUGGAUAUUAUAUUA